AUGCCAGUUAGGUAUGCAGUGGACAAGAGAAUAGCUGACACAGCACGGGCUGUGUCAGUAGGCUACGCCACACGGUCAAUAACCUACAACACACGGUCAAUAGCCUACACCACAGGUUCAGUGGGCUACACCUCGGGGUCAAUAGCCUACAACACAGGGCCAAUAGCCUACAACACAGGGCCAAAAGGCUACACCACAGGGUCAAUAGGCUACACCACAGGGUCAAUAGGCUACACCACACGGUCAAUAGGCUACAACACAGGGUCAAUAGGCUACAACACAGGGUUAGUAGGCUACAACACAGGGUCAAUAGGCUACACCACAGGGUCAGUAGGCUACAACACACGGUCAAAAGCCUACAACAUGGGGUCAAUAGGCUACACCACAUUGUCAGUAGGCUACAACACACGGUCAAAAGCCUACAACAUAGGGUCAAUUGGCUACACCAAAAGCCUACAACACAGGGUCAAUUGGCUACACCAAAAGCCUACAACACAGGGGCCUAUAGGCUACACCACAGGGUCAGUAGGCUACACCACACGGUCAAUAGGCUACAACACAGGGUCAAUAGGCUACAACACAGGGUCAACAGCCUACAACACAGGGCCUAUAGGCUACACCACAGGGUCAGUAGGCUACACCACACGGUCAAUAGGCUACAACACAGGGUUAGUAGGCUACAACACAGGGUCAAUAGGCUACACCACAGUGUCAGUAGGCUACAACACACGGUCAAAAGCCUACAACAUAGGGUCAAUUGGCUACACAACAGGGUCAGUAGGCUACACCACAGUGUCAGUAGGCUACAACACACGGUCAAAAGCCUACAACACAGGGUCAAUAGGCUACACCACAGGGUCAGUAGGCUACACCACAGGGUCAAUAGGCUACACCACACGGUCAAUAACCUACAACACACGGUCAAUAGCCUACACCACAGGUUCAGUGGGCUACACCUCGGGGUCAAUAGCCUACAACACAGGGCCAAUAGCCUACAACACAGGGCCAAAAGGCUACACCACAGGGUCGGUAGGCUACACCACACGGUCAAUAGGCUACAACACAGGGUCAAUAGGCUACACCACAGGGUCAGUAGGCUACACCACAGGGUCAAUAGGCUACACCACACGGUCAAAAGCCUACAACACAGGUUCAGUGGGCUACACCUCAGGGUCAAUAGCCUACAACACAGGGCCAAUAGGAUACACCACAGGGUCAGUAGGCUACACCACACGGUCAAAAGCCUACAACACAGGGUCAAUAGGCUACAACAAAGGGUCAGUAGGCUACACCACAGUGUCAGUAGGCUACACCACAGGGUCAAUAGCCGACAACACACGGUCAAUAGCCUAA